AUGGCUUAUCCUGCCACGGGAACACGGUCCAAAGGUCUGCUGAUUCUGACCUUCCCUGCAAGCGACGUCCGUGUUCUUACAUAUCAGCAGCAUAAAUGUGCUGCCAUAUAUAGCCUCCUGAUCUCUCUUCACUAUCCGUACGUUUUCUUUCAUUUGAGCCUCGACGACAGGAGGAGGAUGGCGCAGUUCUUCAGCCGCAUGUGGGAGAGAGCUCAAGGCAAGCUGGAUGUUCUGAGGAUUUGCGAGAAGGUGUUCGAGGAAUUGGCAGUCAUGAACACCGCCAAGAACACCAAGCUACUGGACAUCAGCUCCCUUCACGUUGCCACCCUCAUGGUCUACAACUCGAUCAACAAGCAGCUGGUCGGACCUCACAAGGACCCUCCCUGCAUGCAGAUCAUCUCUCACAAAAUGGAGAGCUACCGGGCAGUGAAGCCGGAGGGGAUAACACAGCAGGAGUUCCGGGAGCUGAUCAUGGAGUGGGUGAAGAAGGACCUUCGCCUCGUCCUCGCGAACAAGGCUGCGGUGGCGAUCCUGGCGGCGCCGCUGCUCGCCGUCUCGGCCAAGAACGCCGGCAGGCAGGUGCCGAGGAUGAGGGACACUGUCGACAAGGUGCCCACGCCGCUGAUCUUCCUAGUCUUCUCCGCCGGGCUCAUGCUCCUACAGGACGUCAGGGCGGGGAAGCAGUGA